AGCAAUCCCACAGCUUCGUCGCGCUCGCGCCGCCCGUUCCCAUCGCCUUCGUCUCCUCCGUCCGGCCAUGGACCGCCGCCUCCGCGCCACCCCGCGCGCCGCCGAGCGCAGCAGCCACCACCAGUUCCUCCGCCCCGGGGCGCUCGCGCGGCUCCGGGACUCCAGGAUCGUGGCCCGCUCGCUCCGGUCGUCGGCGUGCCUCCUGCUCCCACGGUCCGCCCCUCCGUCCCCCGCGCCGCGGGCCGCCGUCGCCGCGGCGGAGCAGGCCGCCGGCGCGCCGCGCUUCCUGGGGACGGGCGGCUCGGGGCGGUACCCGCUCCGGAGGAGGGUCGCCGCGGCCAGGGGCGUGGCGUUCUUGCCGCCGCCGUCGCCGUAGCCGAGCACGAAGGCGUCGUUGGGCGUGCUCGUGUCGUCGCCGGAUGACCCGAUCCCGUCCCCUGGCGCUGGGAUUAGUUCAGGACGUGUGUCUAGAGCUCUAGAUUUGUGUUUAGCUCAGUAUGAUCUGUGCAGAUGGUUCGCAGUUUCUAUGUUUAAUUGACAGUUCCGAUUUGAGGAGCAAUAAUUACUUCGGAGUUUUCUUGUUCCGAUAUAA